AUGUUCGAACUCGACGAUAAAUCGAGGCAGACGGCGAUGGUUCUCUCGACAGGCUUCGUCUCUCUCUUCACAGGCUUCUUACUCGGUAUCUUCACCAUUCGCGGCUACAUCAUCUCCCCCGACCUUGCCGAGGAGCGACGGAAGGUUUUAGGAGACCCGAUCGAAAGUGAUGAAUCAGACAUCGAUGAGGACGAUACGAUACUAGACCACGCGCCCAAUUGGUCCAACGGCGAGGAUGCAGACAGGAGGGACGGACUACGGGUUGAUCCGUCGAAGAAGCCUAAGCAGACUGAUGACACAGAGGAGCCUCGCAAGGCGAAGGCUGCAUUGGCAAUUGGAAGCUCGAAUGAGGAGUGCAAGCUGGUCCUCGUCGUACGUACGGACCUGGGCAUGACCAAAGGCAAGAUUGCCGCACAAUGUUCGCACGCCACGCUCGCCUGUUACAAGGAGCUCGCCCGGACUGCUGAACGGAACCCGAACUCGGCGGAGGGGAAGCUUCUGAGACGCUGGGAGAAUAGGGGCCAGAAGAAAAUUGCGGUGCAGAUCAAGAGCCAGGACGAGAUGAUGGAGCUCAUGGGAGUAGCGAGAAGCUUAGGCAUCACGGCGCAAGUGAUUGCGGACGCAGGAAGGACGCAGAUCGAGGCGGGAAGCCUUACGGUGCUGGGUGUCGGGCCCGCUCCGCAGAGCCUGGUGGACAAGGUCACGGGGCAUCUCAAGUUGCUCUAA